UCUACUCCACUCCACACGAAACAAACCCAUCUAUUUUUAAAAAAGACCUACCACACUAGUAGUCACACUAUAUAUCUUACUUUCUUUCCCUUAAAUCCCACAUAACUUGCAUUUUCCUCUUUAUCUUUCCCUCACUCAUUAAACUCCUUCCAUUUUGUUAUUACCACCAUCAGUUCCAAUUUAUACUCAUUUCAACAAAAAAUGGGUAAUUAUCUUACCCUUUGUAAACCAAUUUCAAGAUCAUGUUACAUAUUUGACACUAUGGAAAAACAUGUUAAAUUUGUUAGAGUAACAAAAGAAGAUGGUAAGAUACUAGAGUUUAGUUCUCCAAUCUAUGUCAAAGAUAUAUUAACAAAUUUUCCUGCUAAUAGUAUUGGUGUUACAAAGAAUGCAACAGAGACUUUAUCACAAGAUGAUGAAUUGAAGGGUGGAAAAUUAUACUACAUGAUUCCACAUAAAGAGGCAGAGCCAGAAGCUGGAAUAAAGAGGAUCAAAGUUUUGAUAACAAAGAAGCAGCUUCAGCAAUUAGUGACUGAACAAAUAUCAUUACAAGAAUUACUAUCAUUUGUUAAAACAGAUGGUGUUAAUUUGAGAUGUGAUAAGAAGUCAAUAUUGGAUUCUAUACCUGAAGAAAAUGAGUAACAUAGAAUUAAUAUAUGACUAUUUGUAUUAUUUUUCAUUAUUUUUCUAGCUGGUUUAAUUAACUUUUGGUUUC